AAAUUUCUUGAGCGAUACACUAAAGCUUACGAAACACAUUUUCCUUUGAAGAAACUUAAGCGUCGCCUUCACUUUAGGAAACCGUGGAUAUCCCAGGGCUUACUUAAAUCUGUCAAGCAGAAAAACAAACUAUACAAGCAGUAUAUUUCAAACCCCUCUCUCUGGAACGAAGCGAAAUAUAAAACUUAUAAGAACAAACUGAAUCACUCCCUACGAAUCGCGAAACGUUUAUAUUAUGAUAAGAGGCUAAGCGAGUCAAAAUCCAAUAUAAGAGCCACUUGGCGUCUGCUUAAUGAGGUACUAAACAGCAAGAAAUUGAGACCUAAACCCAACUCUGUGUUUAAGGUUGAUGAUCAAGAUAUUUCUGACCCAAUGGAGAUUGCUAAUCGAUUUUGUCAUUACUUCAGCAAUAUUGGACCAAGCCUCGCUAAAACGAAUUCAACCUACGACCUCGUAUAA